AUGGGAUGCAUAAACUCAUAAAAUAUACAAAAUUCAACUAAGGAAGUAAAACGCUAUUUAACCCUUACAUAAAGGAUAAUUCUCAACAUUUAACAAGGAAAUAUGAGAAGAUUAAGAGAGUUAAUUCAAAAUACUAAUCAAGAUGAGCUAGAUUACUCCUUAAUUUAAGGAUACACAGGAGACCUUACGCUGGAUUCGAUGGAAUUUUCAACGAAUUCGUGGGGACCUGUCCUAUUAGCCUUGUAUUUUAAUCAACUGCAGGUAGCAAAGUAUUUUAUGGAGGAAAUUAAAUUAAACCCAGCUAUUUACUUAAUAAAACCGAUGACAGAAGAAGAAUACCAAUAUACUUUGGCAAUUAAGAGAGCGACAGAUCGCCAAGAUAAAAAGGAAUACUCAAGAUUUAAAAAUAAACUUAAUCGUUACAAUAGAAUUAUAAGCUGGGUUAUUGCAUGCAAGCAUGAAAAUAAAAUAAUGCUUGAGUACUUACUUGAACAUGAUUAUACAAAGAAUAUUUGGAUGCGAAAAGAUUUUUACACUUUUUUGCAUUUUAUUUCGAACAGCCUCAAAAUAUGGCUAUUUGCACUUCCGAUUAUUAUGUAAAGUUAGUUAGCCAAAAGAUGGUUUUAUUCGGAGAAGGAGAUCAACAAAUCUGAUGUUUUUUAUAGACUUCAGAGGUAGUUUAGCAUUAAGAUUCUGUUAGAUGAAAUGUUCUUUACACUUUAGGAGUAAUUAUCGAAACCCCCAUAUUCGACUGCAUUUUUUAUAUCUCUGUCUAAUCAAGAAUAUAUAGAUGACAAAGUGCCUGAGAUAAACUAACUAAGAUAAUGCCUUCAAAAUAUUAUUGAAUUCGAUUUCACAAUGAUUCAUGAAGAAAUCAAUUACUUUCCCGAGUUAAAAGAUCUGAUAGUAAAGAGAUUUGAUCAUGUUCAUUCAUAUAAGAUGCUCCUAAACGAAUAUUGCGAGAAGAUUGAUACUUAUAACACUAAUCUUUAUCAAAUCAAUCAAGAGUUAGACUAAAUAUCAACUGCCAUAAUGAGGGAAGACAUUCAAUACCUGAGCUAGGCUUUUGCCAGACUAAGAAUAGAAAACGUUAAUUAAGUAUAGUUAAGAGUUUAGAUUAAUGACAGAAGUUUUAACAAUAGUAAUAUACUUACAUUCGCUUUAAUCAAUAACAAGCCAUAGGUCUUGGAUUAUCUUCUAGAAAAUGAUCUUAUAGACAUUUAGAGCUGUAGUAAGAAUUCUCCAACAACUCUAAACUCACUAAGUUUAAUGAAAGAUAAUUGCACGGCUGCUAUUACUCAUGGAUCUAAGAGUCCUUCAACUAAGGAAUGGGCAAAUGCUCUUGAAUAAUCAAGAAUGAAGUAAACUAAUGGGUCUUAUCUCACAGAUGCCUAAACUACAAUGUUUAAUGAGAGUUUAAAAUUUCCUAGUUAGUUGGAUUUUAAGUCUCUUACGAAUACCUAAGAAAUAAAAUUUAAUGAAAGUAUUUAGAGUUCUCCAAUGAAAUUCAAUCCAAAAAAGAAUAAUAUUACAAAGCCUUUAGAGUAUCUAAUCAAAUUAAAAAACAAAGACUUGUUCCUUAAGUAUUGGUCUAAAUUUAUGUAUCAACUUGAAUAUCCUGACUUUAAUAAACUACUUCUAAAGAUCAAUACCGAGAUCAAAUCAGAUGAUUGGUAUAGAUCUUUUCUGAAUCAUAACCAAACUAAAAUCUUCUUCGAAUAACUGAAACUUGCAGAGCAACUUGACUUUAUUGAAAAAAUCAUAAAUGCCUGUGAUUUCUAUUCAGCUUAGACAAAUGAUAUUAAUGCUCAAGAUCUUGUAUUAGAAUCAUUUAGAGAAAAUUAACAACUAAAUAAGUCAAUUAAUCAUUUCCUACAUUAAAAUAUGAGGAGUUAAAAUACUUCAAUUAAUGCUUUAUAGCCAAAGAUCGCUGAUGUGAUAGAUAAUAACCAAAAUACCCUUACAUUAUUAUGA